CUUGUAAGCUACGAAGGGGAGACUUUUUUGGACAGGGACUCGAGGUCGUGGUGACAGUGUGAACACCAUGGAAUCUCCCUCGUCCUAUGCUGGCCAAAAGCGCAAGGUCGAUGAUAUGAGUUCAUCAGACGAAGAAGAGACGCGCCCAACCACCGGUUUCCGUGGCUUCGCCAGAGCCCGCGAGCGCUCCGAAUCACCUCCCACGAUGGGUGGCUUGGGUAGCGCUGCCCGCAAUCCUUGGAACAAUAUGGCCAACGCAGCGACCGCAGCACCCCCUCGAGGCGGCGGUGCCUCCCGUGGAGCACAAGGCUCGGGAGGAAAUUCGUUCGCCGCGCGCAUGAUGGCCAAGAUGGGCUACGUGGAGGGACAAGGACUGGGUUCUAGCGGCCAGGGUAUUGUCAACCCGAUCGAAGCUCAGGCGCGACCACAGGGCGCGGGUCUCGGUGCUGUGCGGGAGAAGACCAAGCAGGCACGCGAUGAAGAGAAACGAGAGGCCGCGCGCCGCGGCGAGUCGAUCGAAGACAGCUCUGAUGAAGAGAAACGGCGACGACGAAAGAAGAAGCAGGAGCGCAAGACAGAGAGCCGCAGCGGCACUGGCACGCCGGUGCCCCGACCCAAGCCCAAAUUCCGAACCGCACGAGAAAUCGAAGAUGCUAUGGAAGGUCUCGAAGUACCAAAUGUGCUCAAGUCACUCAUCGAUGCUACCGGAAAGGAACAACGGGUUUUGACUUCAACGGCUGGCUUGAUGGCAUCACAAGAUUUUGUCAGCCAGGGUGAAGGAGAGGCGAUGAAGAUCGCGCGACGUGCUCGGACCGACCUUGAGGCCUUUGCAGAUGAAUGGAAAGGAUUGACCGAGAGGAAGAAGUUCAUUGAGCUAGAAGAGGCCCAGGUGGUCGACGAGUUGGAUGCAUAUCAAGCUCGACUAAAUCAUCUUACUGGGCUUAUCGCUGCCGUGGAAGAGCUGGAUAUCUUCGAGCACGAGGAAAGCACUGCGUCCAAGUUCAAUGAGAUGACCGAAAAAGUCGAAGCCAUGGAGUCCAAGUAUCGGGACAUCGGUGACGAAUACAAACUAGCAGAAACGGUCGUCGCGGCCAUACAUCCACUCUUCCGGCAGGCCAUGGAAGAAUGGGAACCUCUUCAAGACCCAAAUUUCCUUGUGUCCAACCUCGCCCGCCUCCAACCUAUUCUUUCCCACCAAAUUGAGAAUGGAGUCCAACAACGAUCAUCUACAUCUCCCUAUGAAACGAUGAUAUACACCCUGUGGCUACCACGAGUGCGCUCCGCGCUUCUCAACGACUGGGACGUUUACGAUCCGAAUGUUGCAACCUCGCUAAUAGUUGCUUGGAAGCCUAUCGUUCCAGCUUUCGUGUACGCCAACCUUAUUGACCAAGUGGUUGUUCCAAAGCUUAGCGGAGCUUUGAAAAAGUGGAAACCCCGAAGCAGCCGACGUCAUCCAUCUCAGCAGGAUGGGAAGUUUCCCUGGUGGUUGUUCACAUGGCUACAGUACCUGGGUGAACGGCAUACUAACCCCAAGCAGCCCACGGGGUUGAUGUCGGAUACAAAGAGGAAAUUCCGCGUUGUUCUAGACUCGUGGAGCCUGCGUCGGGGUCUCAUUAAUGGCAUUGAGCUUUGGCGGGACGCUCUCGGCAGCGAAUUUGACGUCUGCCUGCGCAAUCACUUGUUACCCCGUCUAGCUCGUCAUCUACGUGAAGACUUCACUGUGAAUCCUCAGGAGCAAGAUUUGACUGCACUCGAGGAUGUGCUGCGCUGGAAAGAUUUCUUCAAACCCAACGUGAUGGGUCUGUUACUAGUCUCCGACUUUUUCCCCAAGUGGCAUGAAAUCCUUUAUAUCUGGCUCACCAACGAUCCAAAUUAUGAAGAAGUCGCUACCUGGUUCACCUGGUGGCAAGCUCAGAUUCCGAAGGAGGUCAAUGAACUGGCCAUUGUCCAGGACGAAUGGAACAAGGGUCUACAUACCAUGAACCUCGCUGCUGAACUUGGAGAUCGCGCUGCUGCAGAACUUCCACGCCCAGCUACAACUGGCCGGACCGCACUUCCUACUCGGGACGAUGCUGUGGCGGAGGCAGUAGCAGCCGCAAGCAAAGCAGCUCCCGUGCCCCAAGCCAAGCCUGGAAUCGUGGAAGAAAUUGCAUUCAAGGAUAUUGUCGAGAACUGGUGUUUGGAACAAGGUCUUAUUAUCCUUCCUUUGCGCGAAGCACACCCAAAGAAUGGGUACCCUCUUUUCCGCAUCACGGCCAGCGCAACAGGCAAAGGUGGCGUGGUGGCAUACCUACAUGGCGAGGUUGUAUGGGUACAAAACAAGAAAGCCAAGGAUGUCUGGGAACCAAUGGGUCUAGAGGAUUCUUUGGUCGAGCGUGCUGAGGGACGUUAGUCUAUUUGUAGCCGCAAACAGAUACACUUGGCUGUAAUAGAUAUGCUCAGCGAUGUUAAAAACACAAUAUACCCCCUUCCAUUCUUCAGCAACCAUCACAGAGGAGAGGAGUGGAGUGCCGAGGCUUGUCAGAUAUAUACUGUGGAACCCCGCAUCUCACAAAGAAAUUUAUCAACAGCAUCCCAUCACGAGCAGACUUUUGCAACUAGGUACAUGUUCAUACUUUAGCCUUGGCCGAGGACCGAAGAAGAAAGACCUCACGAGAUACCUAUACAGUACAAAGGGGUUACGCUAAAGCUUAGAGGAUUUACCGACUAACCCCCACUUUGCCGGCGAAGCGGCCGAGAAAGCGGCCGUCCGAUGUCUCCUCCCUCAUCAUCCUUCUCAUCUAUUCAUACAGAUCCCGUACCAAUGGAGACUAUGACAAGGACAGAUGGGCCUUCUAGCCAGCACGAAACUCAUGCCGUUUUUUCUAGCUCGCAGAGCCAGCAAGAGCAACCAUCAGAUGAGACGGCAACCUCGAAACCAAUAAACGAGCCCCUUAACAUGCAACCUGACCCUUCUACAGAAUCCCAAUAUCCAACAGGCUCUAAAUUCUGGUGCACCGUCCUUGCAAUAUGUGUUGUCAUGAUCUCAGGAGGCCUAGAUGCCAAUAUUGUCGCUACAGCGGUGCCGAGCAUCACCAACCACUUCCAUACUGUUGCUGAUGUGGGAUGGUACUCAUCUGCAUUUCGACUCUGUACCUGCGCGUUCCAAUUUGGGUUUGCGAAGCUGUAUAAACAUUUCUCCAUCAAGAUAAUCUUCUUGUUGACCAAUGUCAUCUUCCUCAUCGGCUCCUUGCUCUGUGCCACCGCUGCUUCAUCGACUAUGUUCAUUGCAGGGAGAGCGGUUACGGGUCUAGGAUUCUCGGGAGGGUUGGCUGGAUGUUUUGCCGUCAUAACGCAUAUUCUACCGCUCAACAAGCGGCCAGUGUUUGCGGGUCUAAUGGCGUGUGUGGAAUCGCUUGCAAUCAUUUCGGCGCCCAUAGUAGGAGGGGCAUUGACGCAAUCUUUAGGAUGGAGAUGGUGCUUCUGGAUCAACCUCCCUCUUGGUGUAUUAUCGCUGGCGACUCUGCUUUUGCUUUUC